AUGGAAUCCGAACAGCCCCUCCUCGCACCACUCGAAAGCAGAGAUACACAAAGGAUAACUAAAUGGGAGGCGUUUGUGAGGGAAUUGAACACGAUGAGCUACAUAGCCAUGCCCAUGGUGGUGGUGUCGGUGUCGCAGUACCUGCUGCGGGCCGUGUCGAUGAUGAUGCUGGGCCAUCUUGGCGAGCUCGCCUUAUCAAGCGCCUCAAUUGCUACCUCUCUUGCCAAUGUCACCGGAUUUAGUCUCCUCAGUGGAAUGGCUAGCGCAUUGGAGACGCUAUGUGGACAGGCCUAUGGAGCACAACAUUAUCAGAAAGUUGGAACCUUAACUUACGGGGCCAUAAUAUGGCUCUGCCUUGCAUGUUUUCCUGUCUGUGUAUUUUGGAUUUACGCAGACAAGCUUUUGAUAUUAAUCGGCCAAGACCCUGUAAUUUCUGCCGAAGCUGGCAAGUUUGCAGUUUGGAUGAUCCCUUCACUAUUUCCCUAUGCCAUUCUUCAGUCCUUGAUUCGCUACUUGCAGACUCAGAGCUUAAUAUUUCCUAUGCUUGUUAGUUCGUUGGCUUGUCUUUGUAUCCAUUUUCCUCUUUCAUGGGCUUUUAUAUUCAAGUUAAAGCUGGGAAAUGCUGGGGCAGCACUUGCUAUUUGUAUCUCGUAUUGGUUGAAUGUGAUGUUCCUUGGAUUUUAUGUGAAGUAUUCUUCAGCCUGUCAGAGAACUCAUGCUCCCUUCUCAAGGAAUGUUUUAGGAACUGCAGGGGAAUUUUUCCAAUUUGCUAUACCUUCUGCUGUUAUGGUUUGUUUAGAGUGGUGGACAUAUGAGCUAGUCAUAUUGUUUAGUGGGCUGCUUCCAAAUCCCGAGCUGGAAACCUCGGUGCUGUCUAUAUGCUUGACAAUUACAACGCUGCACUACCUCAUACCAUAUUCUUUUGGUGCUGCUGCAAGGUUUAAUUCUCAAUCAUUUGCCCUGCUGAAUUUAUGCGAGUUUUAUUUCUAUGAACUAAAUGUGUUGUUAUCAUGUAGCACUCGGAUUUCUAAUGAACUUGGAGCUGGGAAACCACAUGCAGCUCAACUAGUUCUAUCUGCCGUAUUGCUUUUGACAAGUGCUGAAAUUGUUCUUGCAACCGCUGUUAUUUUCUUCUGUCGUCAUGCACUGGGUUAUUCUUUUAGUAAUGAGGAGAGCGUGGUCUCGUAUGUGGAAAAAAUGAAUCCUUUCCUUUGCUUCUCAAUUGUCAUGGAUAGUUCACAAGCAGUCCUCUCAGGAAUCGCUAGAGGUAGUGGCUGGCAGCACAUAGGGGCAUGUGUUAAUCUCGGGGCAUAUUAUCUUGUGGGGAUUCCUGUUUCAUUAUUACUUGGAUUCAUUUUACACUUGAAAGGUGAGGGUCUGUGGAGUGGACUUAUAGUUGGAGCCGCAGUACAAUCUAUCUUGCUCGGCAUUGCAACACACCUCACUGAUUUGGAGAAAAAGGCAAUAGAAGCUAGAAGGAGGAUAUUUGAUGUUUUGACGCAAACCGACCGCCGCCAUGAUCAUCUAACCACCGGAAAUCGCUACCUCCACUGUAUCGCCUGCCAUCUCCACCCAAGUCCGCUACGAGCUCGUCAGUUCAAAAGUUUGGCCGAAAUCCGCUUAGCUCCGCUGUCAUGUCCGGCAUCGUCGGAGAAUCCAUCGUUUCCGGCAUCGCAGUCUCGGUCGAGUCAGACCUGCAAGUUGAUUUAG